CCGUGUGUUUUUUUUUUUUCUAGCAAUAGCUUGUUUAUUUGGUUUUGAUAUUUAUGGGUUAUUGUUGCUAAAUAAUGACGAGACACGCUAGAAACUGUACUGCCGGGGCAGUUUACACUUAUCACGAGAAGAAAAAAGACGCAGCAGCAUCCGGUUAUGGAACCCAAAGCGAACGCGUAGGCAAGGACUCUGUUAAGAACUUCGACGACUGCAGCCUGACUUUGCAGCCUUGCAGGAACCCCGUCGUCACCAAGGAAGGCUAUCUUUUCGACAAGGAAGCUAUCCUAGAAUACGUGAUUUCUAAAAAGACCGAAUACACCCGUAAGCUGAAACGCUACGAAAAGCAAUUAAAAAAAGACGAGAACGAAAAAAAUGAGCUUGCAGCGGCUGAAAAAGAGGCAAAUCUUAUCAAAUUCAUGAACAGGGAAAAGAAUAUAUCCAGCUCUACAUCUAAGAACUUCGAAAGUGGGCCCUCAUCAUCUAAUUCUGUCUCAAAUCUGGCUAAUGGAAAAGACAAGCAUUUACCUAGUUUCUGGGUACCAGCAAUGUUGCCAGAUGCUAAGAUUUCUAAAGUCGAGAAGCCAGACCCAACAGUGUACUGCCCAAUCAGUGGAAAACCCUUGAAAAUGAAAGACCUGAUUGAAGUUAAGUGGACAUUGGUACCAGACCCGGACGAUAAGAAGUCAUUGAUUGCAAAAGAAAAUAGAUACAUGUGCCCUGUGACACAUGAUAUCCUGAGUAAUGCUAUUCCAUGUGCAGUCAUCAGAACAACAGGUCAUGUAGUGACAAUGGAGUGUGUUGAAAACCUGAUAAAGAAAGACUGGGUGCACCCCCUCACUGGAGACAAAUUGAAGGAAAAAGACAUCAUCCCCUUGCAGCGGGGUGGCACUGGCUACGCCCUGACCAACCAGAACUUGGAGGGCAAGAAUGAGAGGCCUGUUUUGCAGGCCUGAACUAGUGGUUGAUGUAGUUACUAGGUUAUAGUUGAUAUGUUAUUUUUUAAUGUUUUAUGCUGUUCAUAAAAAAUCCUUACUUAAGGAUAUUACAAGUUUUAGUUUGAAUAAACGGGGUAUAGGUUGCUGCAAAGUAUAUGUACAGUCAGCUACAAAGAAAAGGUACCUCCUCGCCUGCAUAGGAAUUUGUAUGCAAUGGUUCUAAGCUAAUAGUAUUGUACUCAACAACAACAGUAUGUGACGCUAUUGUCAGGGAUGUCUCAGCAUCAGACUAAUGUAAUUAAACAUUAUAAACUCAUCUUCAUUGCAUAAUUAGGUAUGAUUUGUGUGUUCAGAGGCUAAAUAGCCUAUGUUACCAUUCUUGCCACAUCAAUUUCAGGGUGACCAACAAAAAAAAAUUACAAUGAAACGAAUGUGUAAGAAAUUCUACUAGAAUUAUUUUAUUGUAAAUAAACAUUGCUUAUUUAUCA